AUGCCGUCCGCCAAGUCCCAGAUCCCCAGCACAGAUGAGCAAUGGCAGGCGGCUGUUGCAGAUGCAGGUAUUGAGAACAUGUCUCUUCAGGAUUUGAACCUUGUGUCAGGUUCUCGUGUCAACAAAGCUCAAUUUCUACUCAUGCACAUUCUGUGCAAGCUCAAUGAGCCUGAGGAGUUUGAUCCAACCCAGUGGGGCCUAGAGAGAUUCGCAGAUGCCCAAGCAAUACUACAGGAUACACCAGAAUUCCAAAGAUAUCUGAAGAGUGUCCAAGACGAUGCCCUGACUACCACUAGGAGCCCCGAUGAUCCUUUCCCUUUGGGGAUCUUCGAAAUCCCAAGAUGCCAUCAGCGGUAUGUUCAACAAAUAGGAACGCGCACGAAUCUGAAGUUAUCUUCCGUCCAUUCGGACCGCAAGGAAGCAUGGGACGCUGUGCCUACUUCUGACGAGAUAGUUGUUACUUUCGCAGCCAUUGAUUAUCUCCAUGCCGUAUGUCUAAAGAAUCCUGGUGUAUAUUCCCAAUGGACUGCGAGCUGCUAUUCCUUCCAGGCGCUAGGGGAGGAGGGCUUCCAAGCCCGCACUGAUGGAGUGCUCCAUUUACAUGAGGAACCAGAGAAGGUGUAUGCGCUGCUAGAGUGCAAGGCAAGGUGGAGAGAAGAUGCCCUCCCUCAGGUUCAGUAUCAGGAGGCAGCUCAGAUAGUGGCAUGGAUUUUACAGAAAAACCAUCCAGAAACAGCAAUGCCGGGACGAAUAUUUCUGAUUUCCCAUAACCGAAACGAAAUCACCUUGACCUUUGGAACCCUCGAUCGCCACUACCGCAACUUUUUACUAGGAAAGACUCAUGCCUCCCGCUUCCUCACUCUUUACGAAUACGGCCCAUUUCUCCUGGAUAACGCUUCCUAUAUGGAGCAAAUGGCUUGUAUUGUUCUGGCAUUUGUUCUGGGUGUGGGGAAAGGCAGGUAG